AUGGGCGGCUGCGCCUCAACGCCGCCGGCGCACGGCGGCCGCGACGCCCUCCGCGUCGCCGAGGCCGACGUCGAGCCCCGGCGGGUCGGCGUCCGGUCGCCAGGGAACCCGACGCUGCUGGGCACGAGGGCGCCCGGCUCCGGCGGCGUCGCCCGGGGCCAGCUCAUCCUCGACAAGCCGGGGAGGAUCGAGGACGCGUACACGCUGGAUAAGAAGCUCGGAGAGGGAGCGUACGGCGCGGUCCGCAUGGGCAAGCACAAGAGCACGGGCUGCUCGCGGGCGAUCAAGACCAUCGCCAAGGACAAGAUGAGCAACGUGGCGCGCUUCAAGCAGGAGAUCGCGAUCAUGAAGGUCAUGGACCAUCCGAACAUCAUCAAGCUGUACGAGACAUUCGAGGACAGGCGCAACAUCUACCUUGCCAUGGAGCUCUGCAAAGGCGGCGAGCUCUUCUACCGCAUCAUCGACGCAGGCAGCUUCACCGAGGCGCAGGCGGCGAUCGUCAUGCAGCAGAUGCUCCGCGCCGUCUUCUACAUGCAUGGGCACAGCAUCUGCCACCGAGACUUGAAGCCAGAGAAUUUCAUAUCCGGCUUCCUCUCGAAGGACCCGAUCGAGAAGAACGUGCUGAAGCUGAUCGACUUCGGCCUCUCCUGCCAGUUCAAGGAGGGCGAGUGGCUGAGGACCAAGGCCGGCACGCCGUACUACGUGGCGCCCCAGGUGCUGACCGGGAAGUACGACCAGGCCUGCGACCUGUGGAGCGCCGGAGUCAUCAUGCACAUCCUGCUGUGCGGCUACCCCCCGUUCCAGGGCGCCGACGACAGGGAGCUUCUUGCCAAGGUGAAGGUCGGCCACGUCCGUUUCGGCAAAGACUGGAGCGGAGUCUCCGACGACGCCAAGGCGCUCGUCCGCAAGCUCAUCUGCAAAGACCCGAAGGAGCGGUACACGGCCGAGCAGGCGCUUGGCCACCAGUGGAUCAAGCAUACGGCCCCCAAGGCGGAGAACGUCCCGCUGGACGCCGGCUUCGUGGACAAGCUGCGCGCCUUCCGCUGCCACAACAAGUUUGCCAAGGCCGCCCUGCACGUGAUCGCGCAGCAGGCGAACGAGGCCCAGGUGAAGGGCCUCCGUGAGGCCUUCCUGUCCCUGGACGGGAACAGCGACGGGAUGCUGAGCCUGGCCGAGAUGAAGGAGGGCCUCGGCCGUGCGGGCGUCUCGGUGCCGCCCGGCGACAUGCAGGAGAUUAUGGACGGCAUCGAUGCCGACUGCAGCGGCGUCAUCCGGGGUUCCUGGCCGCCAUGCUGGAGCGGAAGCAGUACCUGCAGGAGGACGUCUGCUGGUCUGCUUUCCGCGUGUUUGACCUCGACGGGGACGGGAAGGUGUCCAAGUCGGAGCUUGUAA